AACUUAGGAAUCAAAAACUACAAAGCCGCCGGAGUUGGCGUCACUAAAUUUUCUCCACUGCACGAUAAAGUGUUAGAAGAGAUUGGAAAAGAAAUAAAGAGAGAACUAAAGAACUACUCAAAAGAUCCGACGAACACGUACAAGUACCGAGGAGAGUUACAGAAGCCUGCUGAUUUCCAAAAUGACCAUUUGAUUAGAGAAAUCCAACAAAAAGCAGCCAACUUGCAUUGCCUUGUUUCUUCGUCAUUUCCAAGGAACAAAAAAGUACAGAACGCGAAAAACAAGGAGGCAUUGAUCUUUGCAAGCAUUCUGAAUCCAUGGAUUCCAAACUCUUAUUUUACAUUUAAAAUUAACACCAUUCUAGUGCUUGGAGGUUGUAAGAAGGAGGAGAUGGGCUGUUUUAACAAGCUAGGCCUCGCAAGCCAUCCUAACACCGUGCGAAACAUGCAGAAGAAAGCAUGCUUUGCUUUCGACAAAGCUGCGACGAACUGGAAAGAAAGAGAUAGUAACACGCGAGAAGAAGAUUCUUUUCCUAAAACAAGUUCUCAACAGACACUCAGAAACAACCUCUCAAACUGA